UCACCAUGAAGGCAUCAAGGGCAGAACGCUUUAAGGUGACGUCAUGACGCUCCUGCCCAGCCAACAUGGCUGACAGCAUCCCGUUGAAUCCGGUUCGGAAAAGCUCCAAGCGAAUCGGGAAUUACAGCUCAGCCAGACUUUCCAGAUUCUCUUUAGAAGAUGAGCCGUCUAACUUGGACGAGAUGCCUCUGAUGAUGUCUGAAGAAGGCUUCGAGAAUGACGAGAGCGACUACCAGACGCUGCCCCGUGCCAGAGUGGGUCAGAGACACAGAGGGCUGGGCUGGUUCCUGCUGGGAGGCUGGAAGGUCCUUUGCAGCAGCUGCUGUGACUGUCUGGCUCAUAUCUGCUGGAGGAAGAAGGAGCUGAAGGCCCGGACCGUUUGGCUCGGAUGUCCAGAGAAAUGUGAAGAAAAGUACCCAAAAAACGGCAUCAAGAACCAGAAGUACAACAUCAUCACCUUCGUGCCUGGGGUUCUCUACCAACAGUUCAAGUUCUUCCUCAAUCUGUAUUUCCUGGUGGUGGCCUGCUCCCAGUUCGUUCCAUCGCUGAAAAUCGGAUAUCUGUACACAUACUGGGCCCCUCUGGGCUUUGUGUUAGCGGUAACGAUGGUGCGGGAGGCUGUGGAUGAGGCGCGGCGAUAUCAGCGAGACAAAGAGAUGAACUCUCAACUCUACAGCAAACUCACAGUUAGAGGUAAAAUCCAAGUGAAAAGUUCAGAUAUACAAGUUGGAGACCUGAUAAUAGUUGAUAAGAACCAGAGGAUUCCUGCUGACAUGAUUUUCCUGAGGACGUCGGAGAAAACGGGGGCGUGUUUCAUCAGGACGGAUCAGCUGGAUGGAGAAACCGACUGGAAGCUGAAAGUCGCUGUUUGCUGCACACAGCGCCUCCCUGCAGUCGGGGACCUCUUCUCCAUCAGCGCCUAUGUCUACGCCCAGAGGCCUCAGCUGGACAUUCACAGCUUCGAGGGCAAUUUCACCCGGGACGACACAGACCCACAGAUCCACGAGAGUCUGAGUAUUGAAAACACUCUGUGGGCCAGCACAGUUGUUGCUUCUGGAACCGUGAUCGGAGUGGUGAUCUACACGGGAAAAGAGACACGGAGUGUUCUGAACACGUCCUGCGCCAAGAACAAGGUGGGCCUUCUGGACCUGGAGCUGAACCGCCUCACAAAAGCCCUGUUUCUGGCUCAGGUGGUUCUCUCUGUCGUCAUGGUGGCGCUACAGGGCUUUGUGGGCCCAUGGUUCCGGAACCUUUUCCGAUUUGUGGUUCUGUUCUCCUACAUCAUUCCCAUCAGCCUGCGGGUUAACCUGGACAUGGGGAAGUCCGCGUAUGGAUGGAUGAUCACGAAAGACGAAAACAUUCCCGGGACUGUGGUCAGAACCAGCACCAUCCCUGAAGAACUGGGCCGGCUGGUCUACCUGCUGACAGAUAAGACAGGAACCCUGACACAAAAUGAGAUGAUCUUCAAGCGGCUGCACCUCGGAACCGUCUCCUACGGCACCGACACCAUGGACGAGAUACAGAGCCACAUAAUGCAGUCGUACGCGCAGGUGACCUCUCAGCCAUUGGGAGGAAGUGCCGGGAGCGCCAGCAGCACCACGCCGUCACAGAAAGCCCAGCCGUCAGGCCCGAAGGUCCGUAAGAGCGUCAGCAGCCGCAUCCACGAAGCGGUGAAGGCCAUCGCCCUGUGUCACAACGUGACGCCCGUCUACGAGUCCCACGCCGCCGUGAACGGAGAGACGGAGUCUGCGGAGGCCGACCAGGACUUCAGCGAUGACAACCGGACCUACCAGGCCUCCAGUCCAGACGAGGUGGCACUGGUGCGUUGGACGGAGAGCGUUGGUCUGACCCUCGUCAACAGAGAUCUGACCUCCCUGCAGCUGAAGACCCCGUCUGCACAGAUUCUCUCCUUCCUCAUCCUGCAGAUCUUCCCCUUCACCUCAGAGAGCAAACGGAUGGGCAUCAUUGUCCGGGACGAGUCAACAGGAGACAUUACCUUCUACAUGAAGGGAGCUGAUGUUGCCAUGGCGAGCAUCGUCCAGUAUAACGACUGGCUGGAAGAGGAGUGUGGGAACAUGGCCAGAGAGGGCCUGAGGACCCUGGUGGUGGCCAAGAAGUGCCUGUCUGAGGAGCAGUAUCAGGACUUCGAGAAUCGGUACAACCAGGCAAAGCUGAGCAUCCACGACCGAGCUCUGAAGGUGGCUGCGGUGGUGGAGAGCCUGGAGAGGGACAUGGAGCUGCUGUGUCUGACCGGCGUGGAGGACCAGCUGCAGGCGGACGUCAGGCCCACGCUGGAGCUGCUGAGGAACGCCGGCAUCAAGAUCUGGAUGCUGACGGGAGACAAGCUGGAGACGGCUACAUGUAUCGCCAAAAGCUCCCAUCUGGUUUCCAGGAACCAGGACAUCCACGUCUUCAAACCGGUCUCAAACCGAGGAGAGGCCCAUCUGGAGCUGAACGCCUUCAGAAGGAAGCAUGACUGCGCGCUGGUCAUCUCCGGAGACUCUUUAGAGGUCUGUCUGAGGUAUUAUGAGCACGAGCUUGUAGAGCUGGCCUGUCAGUGUCCGGCUGUGGUCUGCUGUCGAUGUUCUCCGACUCAGAAGGCCCAAAUCGUCUGCCUCCUCCAGCAGCACACGGACAACAGAACCUGUGCCAUAGGCGAUGGAGGAAAUGAUGUGAGCAUGAUCCAGGCUGCAGACUGUGGGAUCGGGAUUGAAGGAAAGGAAGGGAAGCAGGCAUCUCUGGCUGCAGAUUUCUCCAUCACUCAGUUCAAACACAUCGGUCGCCUCCUCAUGGUUCACGGCAGGAACAGCUACAAGCGCUCGGCUGCGCUCGGACAGUUUGUCAUGCACAGAGGCAUGAUCAUCUCCACCAUGCAGGCGGUCUUCUCCUCCAUUUUCUUCUUUGCCUCUGUGCCUCUGUACCAGGGUUUCCUCAUGGUCGGGUACGCCACCAUCUACACCAUGUUCCCCGUGUUCUCCUUGGUUCUGGAUCAGGACGUGAAGCCAGAGAUGGCACUGCUCUACCCAGAACUUUACAAAGACCUCACCAAGGGACGUUCCUUAUCGUUCAAAACUUUCCUCAUCUGGGUUUUAAUCAGCAUCUAUCAAGGUGGCAUCCUGAUGUAUGGCGCGCUGGUGCUGUUUGAGUCCGAGUUUGUUCACGUAGUGGCCAUUUCGUUCACGGCGCUCAUCCUGACGGAGCUGCUGAUGGUGGCGCUGAACGUCCGGACCUGGCACUGGCUCAUGGUGGUGGCCGAGUUCUUCAGCCUGGGCUGCUACCUCGCCUCGCUCGCCUUCCUCAACGAGUACUUCGGCAUAGGCAGGGUGUCGUUUGGAGCGUUCCUCGACCUGUCCUUCAUCACAACGUGGCCGUUCCUCUGGAAGGUGUCGGCCAUCACGCUCGUCAGCUGUCUUCCUCUCUACAUCAUCAAAUACCUGAAGCGUAAAUUUUCUCCUCCGAGCUACUCCAAGCUGUCCUCCUGAGCCCCCCGGGGGGCCAAGCGACUGCAGUUGGUUUGUUUUUUUGUAUUUUCAGCACUUUUGUUUUUCCUUCCUCGGUGACGGACAAUGACCCCUGCAGGUCAGAGAAACGCUGGAAGCGUCAUAAACUGGGAAAUCUUUCUUUACUUGAACACAGGAGCACAAGAUGGAAGACCAACCCGUCAGUUGUUUUAAAGUAUUCAAUGAAAUGGGACUUUUAGAGGGUCUGAAUGCUCCAGCUGCAGAGUUUGCUUUUAUAAACAGCUUUUUUUAACACAGGUUUUUUAUUCUACAUGUUUCUGGGCUGCAUUCAGCUGGAGUUCCUGAUAAUCCUGCCUUGGUGCAGCUUCAGCCGCUAACAGCUGCAGCUGGCACCUUCGUCAUGCAUCCAACCAAAAACAGACAUCAGACAUUAAGAAGAAGGGCGUUUUCUGUCCUUGUCAUGCAGAAACAUCCUGAGAUGCUUUAUAGUUCUGCAGACUCGGUGAUCAGAGUGUAGAAGCAUCAACUGUUUCCAUCUUUGGCCUUUAAUUAACGCCUACAGGCAGGAAGCGGCAGCUCGUUUAGUCUGUUUAACGCCCUGAAGAUUCACCUUAAACUCUGCAUCUCAAACCGUUCACUUCUGAUGUUAAAAACUGUCCAGCAGAGGUUCUGAAAUUGCUCCAGAAUGAGUUUUAUCAUUGCCUAACUAGACAUACAGUUGGGUUUAUUACAUGGUUCUUUAAUCUGAUCAUUCCUGGUUUUGGUUCUGACCUUCAUGCUGGAAAACGUUGCUGCUCUGUUAGUAAAAACAAACCUGAAGAAUCAGCACCACUGGGCCACUUUGAUGCGAACUGCAUUUAGGAUUUAAAUAUUUCAUUUUUCUACUGUUUCCUGCUCUGAUUCUUGUUUUCUACAGAUUGCUUUGUGUUCCUGUGAUACUUUCCUUGUCCUACACUGCACUGUCACUAUUCGUUAAUUAUAGAAACGUUCCUGAUUAAUAAAAAGAAACUUUGAAUGUUGUUCAGAUA